ACCAUUUUGCCCAAUGAAACCGAAAAAACGUAAAUUGUUAUCUAUAGAUUUUUUUGCAUUUAUAUUGAGGUGAAAAUGGAUAUCUAGUGUGUUUGCGUAAGCACAAAAUCCAGCACUUUAGUGCACAUAAAGUUAUCAGCGAAAAUGAUUUUAAAACAAAUAGCCACCAUGGCUUCCUUCACACCAACAACAGCGUUUUUAGGACAGGAUUCCUCCAAAUCACAAUUUUUCAGACCAUCUUCAGCAUAUUUUAUAACAAGUCGAAAAUAUGAAAGCAACUUCGAAAAUGACAGCGGAUACAAACAAUUCAGCAAUGGAGUCGCUAACUUUGCCCCCGGAUCUGUAUUGGGACGGCAAAACGGAGCCGAUAUCUCCGCUGCCCAUCGAGUUAUUUUCUAUGACUGAACCAGCUGGUUUUUGGCUAAAUGAUGACAUUGAAAAUGGGAUUAUAUUGGUCAGUGACGACGAUUUUGAGCUAAAACCCGGUAUGGAACUUCUUAAUGGUGAUGAUUUCGUAUUUGAGUUUUCUGAUCUUAAGGAAGAGUGGCCCGAUAACAAAUUGCCACUAUUGGAUGUUGACUCUACCAUUGCACAUCCGAAUCCGGUGACGAAAGUACACAACUCGUUCGAUAUCGACACUUUAAAAUCGGAAAAUUUCGAAGUCGCUGUCCUGACCACGUUAACACCUCCGCAAUCUCCUCCGCAGACUAGCACAACAGCAGCGACUAUUUCACUAAAUGCUGUACCAACGGAACAUGUGGUGAAUUUCAACAACAUAGCCCAGCACCAGUUGCUUCCGAUAUCUCCAGCAACAGUUAGUGAGGUACUAACACCACACACUGGCCCUUCCCCAGCGGUAACACCAGAGCCACCGUCUGCACCAGCGUUGCACAGCCACAGCUCACAUUUUGCUCCUUAUUAUCCUGAAGCACCCUUUACACCCUCAGAAGCUGCACAAACCGAUGACGAUAAACGUAACUCGCAAAUCGUAGAUGAAUUUCUGAAAUCAUGCAUUCAAGAAUUACCCAAUUUGAACGAUGAGUGCGAGUCCAUGUCAUGGUCUUCUUACUCCACAGCAUCGCGCCCAGAGUCCGUAGAAACCGAUGAGGAUUGGUCACCGGAUUCGUCGUUUUCUUCAUCAGCCAGCUCUUCGCCUAUAUAUAAUGGCGAUGACGACAAUUCUCAAUCGGUCCUUUCAAAAUCUGCGGAACCCAAGAAGCGUACACGUCCAUACGGACGGGGCAUAGAGGACCGCAAAAUUCGGAAAAAGGAACAAAAUAAGAAUGCAGCUACACGUUAUCGCCAAAAGAAAAAAGUCGAAAUGGAGAACGUACUAAAUGAGGAACAACAACUUACACAGCGUAAUGAAGAGCUAAAACGCGUUUUGGCCGAGCGUCAACGCGAAGCUAAGUACUUAAAAACCCUCAUUAAGGAGUUCUACAAAAAGAAAAAGGGCACUAAGUAAACACCCAACGUGUAAGAAUGCAGCACUGCAAGCGGAGAUCAAGCAUAUUUUCUUAUUUUCUUGUCAUUAUAUGCCAACAAAUCAACUGAUCAGCAAAACAAAUAUCAUUUCCAAUUAACAUUUAAAACAUAUUUGUAUCUAUGAAUUUUUAUAUUAUUGUUACGCAAACAUUGUAAUAAAUCAGACAAAUUAAGACUAAACAUGGUUCGCGUUUGUAAGUUGGCACAUAUGACGAGGCCGUAAUUGGUCUUUGAACUAAUUUUGCCACUUGCACUCGCGAGCCUCUCCCCAUAACGUGUGCAUAGUGCCGAAGUAUAAACCCAUCUUAACAGCAUUUCAAUAACUAUGUAUGCGUAAAAAUUGUUUAGUUUGCUCUGAAUUCAAUUGAAGGCGCUAAAUGUCUUCAAUUCGCAUAACAAAUACAAUAAUAAAAAAGGGGUUUAUAAUAGA